AUGUCCACAAGAGCGCCUACGUGUAUACUAUGUGAACUGGCUCAAGCACAUCUUCCGCGAAACGAGGAAAGCUUUGAGUAUAUACCGUCACAACAAAACCAUACGGAUCUGGCGGGUUGUUGGCGGGAGUACCGAUCCAGCAUCUUUCCCGAUGUCAAUGAGACACGUCGUAAUGGGCUAUAUAGGACCGUAGUGAAAGCCCAACGGAUCGAAGAGCGAAUCGAAGACAAAAAUAUGGACAUUGUUGAGGCGGAGGCCUGUAAAGAACUGGCCUUACUUGAGGCCGAGAUUGACCGCCAUGUUCAAGAUCGAAAGGGGAUAUUCGCUGACAAUGUCAAAAUCAUGUUGCAUUUCGACGAGGCUCACGUCUUGACAGAUCAGGAUGCUCCCUCAGGUGCUGUGCCUCUCGUCACUGAAGAUUUUGUUUUGCAGAAAAAGACAUUGUACGACGUCUUUUGUUCUAUUCUAUUGUACUUCCUGCCUAAUCCCGUCUUCGUCAUUUUCCUGUUCACAGAAUUCUAUGUAGAGCACCUUGCCCCGAAUAAGCCUAUGGCUCGAUCUUCUAGGUUUCAAAAAAACUUUGCAUCAGUCCAGGCGCCGAUCACCGAAGCUCCCUUCUAUUGCUCCGAUCGAUUUCCGCUGGAUGUUUGCAAAGUCACGAUGGAGGAUCUGAGUACUGUGGAAUUUAUGACGCAGUUUGGAUGA